AUGCGCCGCGCGCAGCUAUUCCCCGUGACCCUGAACCCGCACGCGCUCGCGGUGGCGCUGGUGCUGGCGGGGACGGCGGGGGUGGCAACUGGGAGGGUGACGGGGCGCGAGGGAGCAGGGGUUACGUGGCAAUGGGGGGCUUAUAGGGGAGACGCGCGGGCGGGUUUGAAACAGCAGGUUCUUGCUGCUGACCAUGCUUCUGCUGACCGUGCUUCUGCUGACCGUGCUUCGGUUGGCAAUGCUGCUGCUGGAAACGCUGCUGAGAACACACGCGAGGAAACAGCAGCGGCCAGCAGCACUGGCGGUUCUGAUCGUGCCCUCCAUCGGGUGCUAGCGGCAGGUAGUGCGGUCGAGGCAGCAUCACCGUCACUACCGCUGCCGUCAACAGCACUGCCGUCACCCUUGCUGGAACGGCCGGUGCAGCCAGCCAACAGCCUCCCACCAGGUGACCUGUCACUCUGCCUCCCACCCAACCUCCUCUCCCUUCAUCCAUGCGUUCCUUGUCCCAUUAGUCUUCCUAACGCUCCGCAGUACCUCACACCCCGCUUUGUUCCAGGCCUUUCUCCUUUGGCUCUCCUUCCUCCCCAAUUUCUCCUCUCAUCAUCCGUGUCCGCCCCUCUCUCUCGCCUCUUCCUCCACACCCCCAUCCCUCCUCACCCCGUGGAGCAGAGUGCAGGGAUGGCAGGGCUGCAGCAGCAGUGA